AUGACUUUAUCCUCUUUGAUUUUAUCAUCAUCCCAUGCUUCGUCAUCAUCUUCAUCACGAAGGCUUCUCGGAAUCGUGUUAGCAGCCUCUUUUUGUAUCGUUCUGCUGAUAUUAGCAGGUUCUUGUAUGGCCUCCGAUUUGUAUGAAAUUUUGCACGUUCCUCGGAAUGCUGCUCAGGAUCAAAUUAAACGAGCUUUCAAAAAACUCACGAUGAAGUACCAUCCUGAUAGAUACAAAGGAGCUGAUAAAGCUGAAGCACAGAAAAAGUAUGCUCAAAUUUCUCACGCCUACGAGGUAUUAUCAGAUGAGAAAAAGAGACAAAUCUACGAUAGAUAUGGAGAAGAGGGUCUCAAGCAACAAGAACGAGGAGGUCACCCUGGUGGCGGAAUGGAUAUCUUCUCUGAAUUCUUUGGAGGUGGAUUCCAUUUCAAUUUUGGAGGCGGUGAUGACAGUCAAGAGGAAGAAGAUGAAUUCAAGGGUCAAGAUUUGAGAAUUCCACUUGAAGUUACCUUGGAAAAUCUUUACAAUGGAAAGCUCAUGACAUUCAAGAGAGUAAGAACUGCUCAUGAAAGUGGAGCUCAACCUAAAAAAUGUGAAUGCAGAAAUAAGGUCAUCCGAAUGAUGAUUAUUAAUGGACAAAUGAAGAGAAUGACUGAAAAUAAUUGUGAAGAAUGUAAAAAUCGGUUCGAUGUUAUUCAAAAAGCGACAGCAUUGACCAUUCAGAUUGAUAGAGGUAUGAAAGAAGGUGAAGAGAUUGUAUUUUAUGGCGAAGGUGAUGCUACCAAGUCACACCGCAGCGGUGAUUUAAUUUUUGUAAUCAAAUCUAAGCCACAUCAUGUUUUCACCCGAGUUGGAGACGAUUUGAAAAUGAAAAUGGACAUUACACUUAAAGAGAGUUUGACAGGACUUGUAAAAACUAUCAAACAUUUAGAUGACAGAAAUUUGCAAAUCAAGAUUAAUGAUGUCAUCAUUCCAAACAGUGUCAGAGUGAUGAAGGGAGAAGGAAUGCCAAGAAAGGAGAAUCCAGCCCAAAAGGGAGACCUCUAUAUUGAAUUUAAUGUUAUUUUCCCAACCUCACUCUCUGACAAACAGAAAGAUGAGCUCAAGAAUGUUUUGUAA